AGGAGCACCUGAACGCAACACGGCAGCGGAUGUAGCGGCAGCAGUCUUACAGUACAUCGGCAACCAUGUAGCGCUGAGAGCGAAAAUACCUUCCCCCGACUAAACUAAAGUAUCACGUCGUCACGGUUUUUCAUGUCGCCGUACAGUAAGAGUGUAACAAAAUGUGUUUGUGAAGACAGACGGACGGUCGGACGGAAAUUACAAGGCGAGGGAGUCUAGCGAGAAGCUGAAGGCUGAAACACAGAGGCAGUUAUCUGCCCUCGUCUGGACGCUCGGAGGGGGACGUCGGGCUCCUGAUUCAUUAGCCCACCUUGGCGUUUUAUCAGCUUUUUUUUUAAAUGACUGCGGCUUAACGUAUUUUAAACACGGGGGAGGGAAGGGCGUGUAAACGCUAUCGGAUACCCAGGUUUGUUAGUUUUACAGUACACCAGGUCUGUCUCCGCGUUACCGCCCCGUUUUUUCCUCUCCUGUAGUAAACGCUAAACAAGCACGGUCAGUAGAAGACUGUGUAAGAUACAGUUUAUUUUCGGGUUUUGGACUGUACAGCCGAAAGCUUACGUACACACCAUGGGGAAUACAACGUCGUGCUGCGUGUCUUCGAGCCCCAAACACCGGAGGAACAACCACUCCAGGCUCGAGCCCUACCGGCCGGAGCCGGAGCUGAGCCGGGAGGACACGGGCUGUAACCUCCAGCACAUCAGCGACAGAGAGAACCUGGACGAUCUGCCCAUGGAGUACAAUCCCUCAGAUCAUCCUCGGGCCAGCACCAUCUUCCUCAGCAAGUCACAGACUGACGUUGCAGUGCCCAACAAGAGAGUUCGAGAAAAACGGAAGAGCCUUUACAUCAACCAUUUUACACACAUUUCGGAGAACAAGCAUCAUCCAGGCCCAGUGAGACGGAAGUACAGCUCAUGUUCUACCAUAUUCCUCGAUGACAGCACUGUCAGCCAGCCCAACCUCAAAUACACCAUCAAAUGCGUAGCCCUCGCAAUAUACUACCACAUAAAGAACAGAGAUGCCGACGGAAGAAUGUUAUUAGACAUUUUCGAUGAGAAGCUGCAUCCGCUCUCGAAGUCAGAGAUUCCUCCUGAUUAUGAGAAACACGACCCGGAGCAGAAACAGAUCUAUCGCUUUGUCAGGACGCUGUUCAGCGCAGCACAGCUCACCGCUGAGUGUGCCAUAGUCACACUGGUGUAUUUGGAGAGGCUCCUGACCUACGCUGAGAUUGACAUUUGCCCUGCCAACUGGAAGCGUAUUGUGCUAGGAGCCAUCCUCCUGGCGUCUAAGGUCUGGGACGACCAGGCGGUCUGGAACGUCGACUACUGCCAAAUUCUCAAGGAUAUCACUGUGGAGGACAUGAAUGAGCUGGAGCGUCAGUUUCUGGAGCUGCUGCAGUUCAACAUCAACGUGCCGUCCAGCGUCUACGCCAAGUAUUACUUUGAUCUGCGCUCAUUGGCUGAGGCCAACAACCUCAGCUUCCCCCUGGAACCCCUCAGCAGGGACAAGGCCCAGAAACUAGAGGCCAUCUCGCGGUUGUGUGAUGACAAAUACAAGGACUUGAGGAAACAAGCCAAGAAGCGGUCAGUGAGCGCAGACAACCUGACAGUGGUGCGGUGGUGUCCAGCUAUCAUCUCCUAACACUGGCCGCCUUCAGCAUGCGGACACACCUGUCACACAUACUGUACUGUAUAUCUGCCUGGAAAGCAGGCAAACCAGGCGGGCAGCAGUCCUCUGGAUCAGUGGGUCUGUCUGGAAUACACACACAUUCAUAAACACACAUACACACACACUCACACAAUCUGGCACUUUUACAAGUGUGAUUGGACCCUCUCCGGUCAUUGUACAUAAAAGAAGUCCCACUGGCUGCCUGCACUGAACCAAACUGAGCUGAGCUGAACCAAACUGAAGCGUGUGUGUGUGAGUGAAAAUUGUCAGAAUAAAGACCUUGACCGCAGAAGAAAAGAAGAGGCCAAACAGAAAUAGAGCUGGCAAUGAGAGACUGUGUCAAGUCGGGAAAAGAAGAGAAGAACAAGCUUAACGUGAAAUCUAACAGAUGACAGCGGCAACGGCGCUCCAUAAUUCCCUCUGAUGCUCGGCCGGCUUGUGAGGCUGAUUGACGGAGGCCGCGUGCAUUCCUUUUUUUUAUUUUAAUCUUCAGGUUCAGUUUGUUAGCUGAAGCAUGAGAUGAUUUUUUAACAGCUUACAGGCACAUUUUAAAAUGCUCCAAAUUCCUUGAUUCAUGUCAGUGUUUUGUUGGUGUUUAUGUUUCUUUUCAUUCCCAUCUGGCAGAAUCCUCUGCUAGCAAAACCAAGCGUACACAGAGGAAACACAUGUGCAUUCCACAUGAUACAUUUGACUGGAUUACAUAUCAUUCGCUCCUCCUCAGCAAAAUAUUCCACCGAGUAUUCAUUUACAUUGUAGCCAUUUAAUGUUAGCUGUCACUCAGCCAGUGUUUAGCUCAAGGGCGCUUUGACAGGACCUGGAAAUUGAACCUGUGCUGUUCCAGUUAGAGAACAGCUUCUCUUACAGCGAGGCCAUGCAGCCGCUGCUCAGAUACAGCUAUUCACUUAAAGCAAUAUUCAUGCAUUGCUUUGUUGUUGUGAUCAAAGACAAUGAAGCGUGCAUACUUGGGAGAAUAUUAAGUGGAAGUCAGUGGUCCACUCCUCUCAGAGAGUCAGAUGUGAGACAUACUGUAGAGCUUAUGUUGUAAUUCACUGCCAUUGUCCUGACCUGUGGUGCCUGUAAUAAGCUAGUUUAACACUUCUCCCCUUUCUACUGGAGGAAUAGAACAAAUAACUGAAGUAUUUUUUUUUUCUUUAACAUUUUGUAUGGUUCUUCCAGCUUACAAGGAAACAGCACAAAUGGAAUAUUGACAUUUAGGAGCCACUAAAAGCAUGAUUCUGAAGCGACGAUUCAAAAAGAUAGAUUGUAUACAUUUUGCUAAAAUGUCUCUGUACAGUGUAAAUACAGCGCCAGUGUGCAAAAUCUGUAGACUGAGGUCGUACUGUAAAAAACAAACAAAAAAAACAGAAUGACGUGAGAAUAUUUAUAUUGGACUGUACUGUUUGUACUGGACCUGAGGGUGGGCGGUAAAUAUGUUUGAUUCCUUGUUCUUAUGACAAAUCAAGUAAAGACAAAGGUGAAGUAUUAAGAUUUAAAUGGGAGACACCACUUAAGAUUUCUUGUCUGUUUUCUUGUUACAAUGUUUUCACACUGCAGAAAUGCCAAGUUUUUUUAUGUGUUACAUACUGUAUAUGGAAUAUAGAUAAUACAAGACAAUUCAGGCUUAUUUUAUGAUUUUUUUUAAAGAUUUUUUUAAACCCCAUUCUGUGGAAGCAUUGCCAGAUUCUCAUGUUUUCAAGUGAUGGUGCUUGUUUUUUUUUAUGGAGCCCAACAAUAGACAAAACGUUAUCAGGUCAAAAAAUACAGUACGAUUGAAUCCAUCAAUAAAUACUAUUGUUGAUUAUAUAAUUAAAAUAGAGCGUAAAAGCUUUAUAGUGUUCAUUCCACUUCCACUCUUAUAUCACUUUUUUUGUCUCAAUACUACGAGUGGCCACAGGGGCAAACUGCCGGCUGAGUGGCAGCAUUGUAAUACACAGUGUUUUCGGAUAGCAUCAGAAAUAGCCACAUUGUUAAAUAGGGAACAGAUCAAUUAGGGGAUAUGUCACAAAGAAAAGAAAAAUGAAGAUGAAAAAUAAAAAGAUUUAGAAUGUAUUAUGAAGUUAAAGUUAACUGACAGUGGUGGUGAAAAGACUAAAGCUUUCUAUUUAUUUUAAUUUAACUAACAGUAUUAUUUAUUGAUGUAUCAGUUUUGGGGCUCCACAGUGUCUUGCAUUUAUUGGAAAUAAGUCAAGUAGUCAAACGUUUGUUUUUGUUUUUUUCCACAGAUCACUUGCUGAUUUGCUCUUUUCUUGACAUUUCUUAUAUCAGAAACACACAGGGAUGUAGUAGAGGCUAAACCCAUACAGUCACUCAAUAUUGUAUAGGUCAUUCUUAUAUAUGCUAGUUUUUACACUUUAAUGGGUAGAUAAAAGUGUGAAAUGAUAAUUCUGUUAUAUAAACUUUCUGAUUAUUAUGACCAACUGGACUCUCACUUUCCUCCACUACAUCACUGAUAUAGGCAGUAAACUGUAUGCCUGAAAAUAUCGUGACGUAACCUGGAAAUGUCUGGAAAAGGCACAGAAAUGUAUAUUUCCUCAUCACACAAAGAGGUCAGAUAAAGGUCCAAAUUCAGAUGUGACACCAGUGUACCCUCCCUCAAUGCAUUUCAUUGGCAACUUCCACAUCUGAAGUUCAGUUGUUUGUCAAGCUACUAGAGAAUCAGUCAGUCAGCUCAGUGAGAUUUCCAACCCCGAGCAGCAGUUAUUAUGAGAAGGGGACAGAAGCGUACCAAAGUCAUGGCGAAAUGAGGGAUGAUCCUGUCGCUCUGACUCGGCCCUCUUGCACAUGAAGUCUAUGAAAAAGGUGUUGGGGUUCGGGAAGGGCAGCGUUUGUUUUGCAUGGUGCUUUGACUGAGUGAAAAAAAAAGUGUCUUUAGGAAAGUAACAUUACUGGAGUUGCUGUUGUGAGUUCAAACUGUUAGAGGUAUUCAAAGAUUGUAUAUCCUAUUUAUUGUAUGUGUGUGUGCAUACAGCCCAGUCUGGUGUCUUCUCGAGCCAGAAGUAAGCGUCGAUGCCAUGUGGUCAAACUAUGGUGAGUCGUGAGAUGGGAAAUUGACUCUGACAGCAACGACCAUGGGCCUGUGGCGUCCUGUCGGAUGGUUACUAGGUGUGUGUCAUAGCCUUGUGCACUGAACUCUACCUCUGCAUAGAGUUAUACGUUUCUCUUGGUUUUUCUUUCUCUCUUUGAUGACAGUUUUUGGAUUUCUCAAAUUCAGCUUCAAUCAUAAUGAUUUCCCGUGCUAACAUCAGUCAACUGUGACUGUUUUUUUUGUUUUUCAUUGAUUGAUAUUUUCAACAAGUUGUACUGUAUUCUGUUCUUGGUGUUCUUGUCAGUGUAUUUCUUUUCAGUGAGUCAGUCAUUCUGUCCUGUUCUCAGUUUGCCAAACUCAGAUCUCUUCUCUGUUCUUUUUCUCUGUAUGUUUUCAAGUAUGAUUUAUAGAACUGCUCCCAAUUCUUCUCUUCUGAAGCAAUGUUUAGAAAAACCUGUGCAAGAAUUAAACUUUAAAACCUUGCAAUAA